UGGCUCUGUACUGCUCUGCUCUGCCCAUUGAUAGGCUCUUCUUGGUGAUCGCUGCUACACAUCGCAUCUACCUCCUCUUCAGGCUUCAGCAAGCUAGCUGCAUAGAUUUUUGAAGGAGCUCCAGCAAGAUGACCAGCGUAUGGAAGACCAAGGUUCUCCCCGGGCUCAGCAAGAUCUUCGACAAGGAUGGCAAGAAGGCCGCCGCCGCCGAGUUCUUGAAAUCCUUCAACAAGGAGGAUAUCAGCAAGGAGAUUGAAGACAAGAAGACAGAGCUAGAGCCCAAGGUUGUGGAGGUUAUUGAAGCCUCUCCCCCAGAGAUUAAGGGGGUGAUAAAGGAUAAGAAACCAGCCAAGAUCAAGAAGAACUCGGCUGCAGUUACCAAGUUCCUUGACGAGUUGGCCAAGAUUGAAUUCCCUGGAGCCAAGCUGGUGAGCGACGCGGUGGCCAAGUCAGGCACCACGCCCCUCUCCCCUGCCAUCGUCUUUAUCUUGGACAAGGUUGCGCCUUUCGUUCCUGAGCCCAAGGAAGAGCCAAAGGCCGAGGAGCCUGCCGCCGCCGCGGUUGAGGAAACCACCCGGGAAGUUGCCGUGGAGGAGAAGAAGGAGGAGGCCGAGCCCUCCGCUGCGCCCGUGGAGGCUGCCACGCCGGUGGAGGCUGCCGCACCGGCAGCUGAGGUAGUGGAGGAGAAGAAGGCGGAGGAGAAGCCCGCCGAAACUCCCGCACCGGUGGCUGAGCCAGAGAAAAAGUGAUCCAUCGCCACCAAACUCCAAGAGGAAUCCAAGCUACCACCCGCUUUGUUGCUGGUAAUCAAGGAAACCAUUUAAGUUAUUGUGAAUUUGUGAUCACUUCGUGUCGAUGUAGCUGCACAAAAGUAAGUACGUACGACGAACACACACUUUGCCAUGCAUAUUACGGCAUGCAAAGGUACACGCAAGAACAUUUGUUAUUCUUUCGAUCGAUCGAUCCCCUCCCCGUAUGUGUAAAUUUUAUGUGGGGUUUCUUGUUUUUUGUGGUGAUUAAAACAUGUGUAAUUAUGUUGGUGUGUUAAUUUGUUGGUCAUGCUAA